AUGGAACUUGGCUGGGAGCUUCCCUUCCCUAUCAAUCUGUGGGAAGCUAAAAACUCUCAGAUAUGGUUUCUGAGAUUCAAUGAGAACUUUGGACUUCCGACUUUUACAAUAGCCAAUAGUCUGUUACAUGGGCCACGCGGCCUGGGGACGGCCUCUCUGACAAUUGCUACGCAGCAACUCAUGACCGAAACACCGGACUCGCAACUAUUAUCGGCACUAGAAGCAUCCCCAUUUGCCGCAUUCUGUGUCCUAACAAACAUAGGUGCUCUUGUGCGGGACUUUACGCGGUGUUACUAUCAAAUGCCGCCCAGUCCAUCUGAUCCAAAUCCGUUCCAUAUAUUGACUCAGGGUCAGAAUAAACAAGUGCACACGGCAAUAGAAGCAAUCGCAAAGAUUGUCAAGAAACAGGCUUACACCAGUGACAGCCCCCAGUUUCUCCUAUGGAGAACAAACGAGCUGUUUAUCUCUUCUCUCAAGAUCAGCUUAUGUCGCCCUGACCAGCUCUUGAUUGCAGGUAUUGUGGAUAACAGCUUGAUAGCUGGGAUGGCUGCUUCCACUCAUCUAACCCAAGGAAACCUUGUCGCGAUCCGGCGAUCAGCACCUCUUGUCCCACACCAUGUCGGUGGGGAUGAGGGCAUUGUGGCUCUUCUGAAUGAUUUAUCUGGGGCAUUGUCCAACAUCUCUGGGGAAGAGCAGGAUAAAGUGGUCCGCGAAGCACCCUGGGUCACCGUGGCCAGUUACGGUGUUUUGUUAUGUAUCUGGGGAGCGCUCAAACGCGCCAGCACCGAUAUCCGCCACCAUUUAAACACCUUCAACGAACUCCCGAGAAUCUCGGAAUCCUGCAUGUUGAUAUUCAACACCCUCAUGGAGUCCGCUCUUCUCAAUUUCUCCACAGAGAAUGAUGCGAUCCGAGACCCCCGCCUGUGGACCAUGAAUCGAGAGGCUUUCGUUAGUCUGCUUGAUGAAAAUUUCAAAUCGAGCAAUUUAAAGAAAAUGUCAUCGUUCAAACCAAGAGUUGGCUGGUAUGGCCUCGGAUCGAUGGGGCUAGGAAUGUCCCUUAAUCUCCAAAAAUAUCUCCAGAACAACAAUUUGUCCCCGCUUCGCUACAGCAACCGCACUUUGUCAAAGGGUGAUCUUCUCCGUGAUGAAGGUGCUAUACCCGAAGAGAAUUUUGAAGAUGUCGUCCAAAAUUCGGAUGUAAUUUUUACAAUGAUCUCCAAUGACGAUGUCCUAAUUGAACUAUUUAACAAGGCCUUAGCCAUGGGCGAUUCAUUGAAAGACAAAAAGUUUGUAGACACUUCUACUAUUCAUCCAGACACGUCAGAAUGGGCUACAUCGCGCCUCAGUGAAUACGGGGCGGCAUUCAUAGCUGCUCCAGUGUUUGGUGCUAGUUCCGUGGCAGCCGCUGGGAAGCUGAUCUUCGCCGUAGCCGGACCCGUUAAGGCGGUUGAGACAAUCAAACCUCUCAUCAUGAACGUCAUGGGACGCAGUAUCAUUGAUAUGGGAGAAGACGUGCGAAAAUCCAGCCUUCUCAAAAUCUCGGGGAAUAUUCUCGUUAUCAGCUUCAUGGAAGUGAUUGCUGAAGCGCAAGUAUUUGCCGAAGUGACGGGGAUUGGCAAUCAACAGCUGGAGGAAUUCAUUGGCAAUAUGUUUGGUCCCGUGCUUGAAAGCUACUCAAAACGUAUUACUACGGGCGCAUAUGCACCCCCACUGGAUACGUCUCCUGGGUUUGCAGCAGCCCUUGCAAGCAAAGACAUGAAACAUGCUCUCUCCAUCGCUGCCAGCCACUCAACUCGUCUUCCAACGCUCGAAACUGCAUCAACACGUCUUCUGUCGGCACGGGAAUAUGCCGGUGAAUGCCUGGAUAGUUCAGCCAUAUAUGGAACAGGACGAAUGGAGGCAGGCCUAUCUUUUUGGAGCGAAAAUAGUCGCCAGGGAAAUUGA